AGCUGAUUUGAUCGCUAAUUAUGAAACAAUGGAAAAACCGAUGGGUAGUUAUAAAAGAAAUCCAAAAUAUAUUUAUUAUGUCGGAAGUUCAGAAUAUCAGGAGGCAUGGUUGGAUAAAGCCAACAAUUAUAGGAAAACUCAUAUAAAUUUAUUAUUUGAAGAUGUUAGUAGUAAAGUAUUAUCACAAGAUGAUGAUCUUGGUGAUAAAUUAGUGAAAAUGCAAGAUGAGAUGAAGUCGUUGAAAGGGUUAUAG